AUGGGAGAUUCCAAUUCAAAUUCACCCAUCCCCACGGCUGGACUCUCCAAGCUUCUUCUGCCCAACCCUGAGCUCACCACGCUGAAGAUCGAGUCAGGAAAGCAUGAUUUGGGUGAGCCUGAGUGCUAUUACUUUGAGGAGUAUGAGGCUCCAAGGAUGAACCCCUCUGUUGUGGCUGCUCACAAGAGGAUUGGACUUCUCCAAAAGUUCAACAAAUGGCAAGGGAAAGCCAUUGAGAAGAUGCAAAAGUCCAUGGACAAGAUGGUGAGCAAGAUCAAAAGUUUGGAGAAGAAGGUUUCUGGUUCUUCAAGCAAGAAGAAGAAGUCCAAGGCCCCCACAUUCCCUAGGAGUAGAUCACUCCUCACCACUCCAAAGGAGACUCCCUGCCCAAGAGCCUCACAGAGCCUCUUCUUUCGAGCCAAGGGAAGAAGAAGACAACACGCAGAGAAGGAGGAAGACUUCAAGGCCAGACGCUCCAGCUCGACCACCGGACUCGAUCGAGUCCAAACAGAGGAAACUCAACUCGAUCGAGCUGAGGGUCGAGCUGAAACUCAACUCGAUCGAGCUGAGGGUCGAGCUGACCAACUCCACAUCCUCAAAGAUACCAAGAUCUCUCAUGGUGUCAUCGUGUGGGUGCUUAGUCUCCACAAAGUCCAUGGAGAAGAGAGCAUUGUAGUGCUCUUGGUACAUGGGGAGCUCAUCCUCCUCUUGCUCUGCCUCAGCCUCUUCCAUUGGCUCAUCUUGGUUCCCCUCUUGGUCAUCUUCAUCAACCAAUUGGUUCACCUCUUCUCCUUCCUCAUCACUCUCAGUUUCCUCACUGCCUUCCUCAUUUGGAGAGCCAUUUCCCCCUCUUGA